AUGCCCGGUGCGGGCACGGCCACUCUCCCGGCCUCCGUGGGGCCGGAGCCCCGAGGCGCCGCGGGGCCGUGCCCGCCCGCUCCCGCCACGGCCGGCCCCAGACCCGGGAGAGAGGGGACUGGGGGGCGGGGAGGCCGCUCCUCGCAGCCGCCGCGGGACCCGGCCGCCCCCUCCCCGGCCGGCUCGCCUAGCCCGCGGGGCAAACGGCAACAGCUCGGCCGCCCGCCCGGCGCCCCCCGCGGCUGCGGCCCCACCGGAGCGCGCCGGCCGCACUCACCUGCACGGCGCCGGGCCCCUGCAGGGCUCCCCCCCGGGGGGCAGCAGCUGGGGCAUGGGCGGCCGGAGCAGCAGAGUCUCUCCGCACCGUCGCCCCCCCACGGCUCCGCGCCCCCGCCGCCACACAGAAUGUCACCGGAGGCCGCGGGGCUCCGCUGUGGGCGUCACUUCCUCCGUCCGCCGCCGGAGCAGCCGAGCGCCGCGCAGAGCGGCCGCCGCGCCCCACAGCGCCACCCCGCGGCGCCCAGCGGGCAGCGGCAGCGACGCGCGGCCACCCGCGCCCGGGCCCGCACACGCCGACGGGCACCCGCACCCCGGCACCCGCACCCUGGCACCCGCACCCCGGCACCCGUACCUCGGCAUCCACACCCGCACAACCCCACGGGCACCCGCACCCCGGCACCCGCACCUCGGCAUCCACACCCGCACAACCCCACGGGCACCCGCACCCCGGCACCCGCACCCUGGCACCCGCACCCGCACAACCCCACGGGCACCCGCACCCCGGCACCCGCACCCUGGCACCCGCACCCCGGCACCCACACACCUCAACAGGCACCUGUACCCCAGCACCUGCACUCACAGCCUGGCACCUGCACCCAGACCCGGGCCUGCAAACCCUGA